AUGCUUGGAACCCUCACCAUCCCCUAUGUAUUCUUCCCUGUUAUAUCCGGAACACCACUGGGGAUUCUCACACGGUUCUUUGGUAUAAACGCAUUCCUUCAAACCUAUGUAGCAGUGGCGUGUAUUGCAGAAGUCGGUUCCUCCAUAGUAUUUAUGUUUGAAAACCGCCAGAAUCAAACAGUAACCUCAUCAUGGAAAAUAACUUCAGAGAAAGGUCGCAAAUCUUUUUACACCAUCAAUCUCAUAUUCCCAUGGCUAUCAGCCACUAUCUCCUUGUUACGGAUACCCGACCAGGUCUGGGCGAAACUAGAAAUGCUCAAAACGAUACCAUGUCCGACAAAAGAGUUUUUCGAGCUUCCCGUCAUAAUAGUGACGACUGAGGCAAAGUCAAUCGGGUUGGCAUUAAUGUUACUCGUGUUGUUCUAUGCAGUUCAGAUACUAUUCUUUAUUGUUCACUCCUCGUUAUAUCUGUGUAUUUCUACAAAGUCAUAUGCGGUCUCAGAGAAAACGAAGCGGUUGAAAAGAAAGUAUUUUUAUGCGGUUUGUAUACAGAUCAUGAUCCCAUUUGCUAUCAUGGCAGCCCCUGUCAACUACUACGUGUUCUCCAUUGUCACAGACUACUAUAAUCAAAGCGCCAACAAUUUCUGCUUCCUCAUCAUGAGCAUCCACGGCUUCUUCUCCACCGUCGCCACCAUCGCCAUCUACGAAAACUACCGAAACUACCUGCUCCAUGUGCUCCGAAUCCGACGGAACCUCAAAGUGACACUGAUUCAAUCAAGAAGCAUUGCGGAGACAACCUAUAUUUAA